CCCCCCCAGGAGUGGUUCACGGUGUACGAGCACAACCGGCUGACGCGCUGCACCGUGUCUGACCUGGUGAUGGGUAACGAGUACUCCUUCCGCGUGUACAGCCAGAACAUCUGCGGGCUGAGUGAGGCGCCCGGCGUCUCCAAGAACACCGCCCUCAUCCAGAAAACAGGGAUCAUCUUUAAACCGCUGGAUUACCAGGAGCACGACUUCCGGAUGGCGCCCAGAGUCCUGACGCCCCUGGUCGAUCGGACCGUGGUGGCUGGGUACAGCACGGCCCUGAACUGCGCAGUGCGGGGGCAUCCCAAGGUAAGGGACCCCCACCCCCAUCCCCAGGGCCCCCAAGGUAUGUCCAGGCCUGUACUCCCACUGGAGGCCACAGGAGGGGGUGCUGGAGAUGGGG